AUGACUAAAUUCAGAGGUUGUAUAGAUAUCCAUUCUGGUCAGGUCAAACAAAUCGUUGGUGGAACUUUAACCCAAGACGACACCACCACUACCAAAGACGUCACAGAAAACUUUGUUUCUACCAAACCAUCGUCGUUCUACGCCCAAUUAUACCACGACAAUAAUCUCACAGGAUGUCAUGUUAUCAAAUUAGGAUCCAAUCAGGCUAAUGAUGAAGCUGCUAAACUUGCUUGUACCACUUGGCCCCACGGAUUACAAGUUGGGGGCGGUAUAAAUGACACCAAUGCGUUAGAAUGGCUCGAUCAACACCAUGCUUCGCAUGUUAUCGUUACCAGCUGGCUCUUCACUGACAACGAUGGUAUGGAGUUUAAUUGGGACCGUUUACACAAAAUCUCCGCCUUGGUCGGCAAAGAAAGAUUGAUUGUCGACUUAAGCUGUCGUGUAGUAGGCGACGGGUGGGUAGUAGCCAUGAACAAGUGGCAAACUUUAACUAAAAAUCAACUCAGUGGUAAAUUCUUACAAGAGAUCUCUCAGUACUGUGAUGAGUUCUUAAUUCACGCCGCCGACGUCGAAGGAUUAUGUAAUGGUAUCGAUGCUAAGCUCGUGGAGAAGUUAGGCCAAUGGUGUCCUCCGGGCUUCGAAGGGAAAAUCGUCUACGCUGGUGGAGCCAAAUCACUCGAAGAUCUCGAUGAAGUGCAGAGAUUAAGUAAAGGGAAAGUCGACUUAACCUACGGCAGUGCCUUAGAUAUCUUCGGCGGAGAUAAAGUGAGAUUCCAGGAUCUUAUAUAUUGGAACAAUCAUUAA